CCAUCACAAUAUUUAACUUGGCCUCCUGACGGCGGCUCAUUUGGGUUUCACGCGCCGACAGAACCAGCUAGAGGAACCGUAGGAGUAGGAGGCGGAGUACCCGGUAGCCAGAAUCCCAGUCCAGAGACAGAAACGUAUUCCGAGACACAUGUUGUCAUGUUGACAACCAGUGCAAGGGAGUGGGCGUCAUUGAUGGCGCUGUGCCUGCUACUGCUACUGCUCCUGUCCCGGAUGAGGGAAGGGGACACCGCCUCGGUCACCUGGGGCCAUGUCGGCAAAUAUGCCAGCCCGUUGCUCACCGAGGAUGUUUACCUGACGCCAUCGGCCCCCGGCUGGGAUCUCGUCUACGGCUCGCAGAAUGCCAGCGAUAACUACCGGAUUACGGGUAUCCAUGUAGAGGACCUGAACGACAGUGGAGCCGAGGCACACCUCACCGCCGGCGGCAUUGGCCAGAAGUUUGUGGUCUUGCGUUGCCAGAGGAACCAGUCGUGGAGCACUGGGCAUCCAGCUCAUCUGGAAGUGGCCAUCUAUGGCCUGGACUUGCAAUAAAUACAGCAAUGUGUGUAUAUUGUUGUGUGUUACGGGACUAAGCACUCUUCGUGAACUCAAAAGUUGUAAAUAACAAUUAGUGUAGAAAAUUGUGGGGAAAAGAUAACAACAUUGAGGGAGGUGCAGACUAAAAAAAUUACCUACAUUUCUGCAUUUCAAUUUAUUAUAGCCUUUAUUAGUCUUUACUUGCUAUUUUUAAUGUCAGAUUUAUAUAAGAUUUUCUAUUUAUUUUCAUUUAGUUAAUUAAACUCUGAAAGCACUAUAUAUGCAUAUAUCUAAGGCAAUAAAUUAGAUGAAGAAACUUGGUAACACAA